AAUCACAGUCAGAAACUCCCAACUCUCUCUCUCUCCACCUUGUGUUUCUCUUCCCAAGGGUUAGGGUUUAUCCUCGCUCUUCUGCCAAUGGACUCAACCAAGAAGCGAAAGCUGGACGAGAACGGCGUCGUUCUGGACACGGAUCCCGCCUCCGCCCCCAAGCUCUCCCCCGAAGACGCGCGCAGGCUCAUCGAGCGAUUCACCCCCGAUCAACUCCUCGACAUUCUCCAAGACGCCCUCUCCCGCCACGUCGACGUUCUCGACGCCGUCCGCUCCAUUGCCGAUCCCGACGCCUCCCAGCGCAAGCUCUUCAUCCGCGGCCUCGGCUGGGACACCACCACCGAGGGCCUCCGAUCCCUCUUCUCCGCCUACGGCGAGCUGGAGGAGGCUAUCGUUAUCCUUGACAAAACCACCGGAAAAUCAAAGGGUUAUGGGUUCGUUACGUUCCGCCACGUUGACAGUGCUCUCAUGGCCCUGAAAGAACCGAGCAAGAAGAUCGACGGCCGCAUGACCGUCACGCAGCUCGCCUCCGCGGGGAAUUCGAACUCCAACACCGCCUCCAACAACGUCGCUGACGUAUCGUUGCGGAAGAUUUAUGUGGCCAAUGUUCCCUAUGACAUGCCGUCGGAUAAGCUCUUGGCGCAUUUUGCCCUGUACGGAGAGAUAGAGGAGGGCCCGCUAGGGUUUGAUAAGCAGACUGGGAAGUGCAAAGGGUAUGCGCUGUUUGUGUAUAAGACUCCGGAGGGGGCUCAGGCGGCGCUUGUUGAUCCGGCGAAGAACAUCGAGGGUAGGCAGUUGCUUUGUAAAUUGGCGAUUGAUGGGAAAAAGAGCAAGUCGGACGGGCCGGCCCAGGGUCAAGGACCUGGGAGUGGUUCCAAUGCGCACGGAGAUGGGAUGGGGAUGGCACCGCCGUCUUCGAUUCCUGGGCAGUACGGCAUCCCAGGUGGAAUUGGUUCUUAUGGUGGGUAUAACAGUGGGCUUCAGGGCCAGCCUCCAUUGGGUCACCAUCCAUUGGGUGGGCCUGGGUUGUCUGGUAUUGGAAACCAGGUGAAUUCGGGUUUGGGUGGUGGUGGUGGAUAUGGAGGGUUGGGUGGGCCUUAUGGUAACUAUGGCGGGCCUGGGGGUUAUGGUUUAGGUGGUGCCGGUGGGUUGGGUGGUGGACUUGGUGGUGCUGGGUCGGGCGGUGGUGGUGGUCCAGUUGGUGGUGUGGGUAACGGGUCGUCUUUAUAUGGAUUGCCUCCGAGUUCAGGUGGGUUACCGUCUGGUAGGUAUCCGGAGGGUGGGCAUUACGGCCUGUCGGCCUAUCAGAAUCAGCACCACCAGCAAGCUGGAACGUCACCCCUACCAAGGGUUCCUCAAGGUGGCAUGUACCCAAAUGUGCCACCUUAUUUCUGAGGAUACCUCGCGUCUCUGUUCGUGCUUCUGCGUGAAUCAAUUUGCUUUUGUUGAUUGAGAGGCGAUCAAGUUUUUCUGUAUUAGAUUAGACGAAUAUGUUUUCCUUUGCUGUAGUAUUUCUCUUGUUUUUCUAUUUUAUAUGAAAUGUUUUAAUGGUACUUUUUGUGUUGCAUCCAAAGCUUUAAUUUUAGCAGAAAUAUUAGAUGUGGAUAUUGCAUUAUAAUUUAUGAUGUUCGGGCAUAUUUAGUCAAGAACUUAAACGGUUGAGUUUCCAAAUGAAUUUUACUGUUUUUUGUUACUUGAAA